AUGCCAGAAAGGAUCCGAAUCACCUCGCCGGCGCCCUCGAUCCUGGUGAUCGCCAUCGACCGGGCGCACAAGCGCAACGCCGUGGACCGCGAUACCGCCACGGAGCUGCACCGCGCCUUUGUCGAUUUCGCAUCCGACGACCAGUGGAAGGUAGCGAUCCUGACGGGGUCGGGCGGUUCGUUCUGCGCCGGUGCAGAUCUAGGCGCCAUUCAAGCGGGGCGGGGAAACGUCCUGGAUCCCGAUAUGGACACCAUGGGUCCGAUGGGACCGACGAGGCUAUCGCUGCGCAAACCCGUCAUCGCCGCGAUUGAGGGGUACGCCGUGGCGGGCGGGCUGGAGCUGGCGUGCUGGUGCGAUAUCCGCGUCGCGGCGGCCGAUGCGCGGCUCGGCGUCCUCUGUCGUCUGCGCGGCGUGCCCCUCAUCGACGGUGGCACCGUCCGCCUUCCUGCGCUCAUUGGCGUUUCCAGAGCCAUGGACCUCGUCCUGACCGGCCGUCUAAUCACUGCAAAGGAAGCGCACGAAAUGGGUCUAGUGUCCCACCUCAGCGCUCCGGGCGCGGCACUGGACCGCGCCAUCGAACUGGCCCACCAACUCAUCGCGCACCCGCAGACGUGCAUGCUCAACGACCGCGCCAGCCUCCUCGCCUCGUCCCUCGGCCACUGUCCCGAGGAUGCGGGAACAACGACGACAGGGGCCAACGAACACAACGUCCAGGGCAGGCUGCGCGCGGAUAUGGCGAGGGAGUUUGAGCUCGGUCUGCACAGCCUCGCCGCGCUCCAGAGCCAGGGCCAGAUCCAGGCUUUCCUCGAAAAGCGCGGCGCUAAGAUGUGA